AUGAAUAAACAAUUUGGAGAUACAAUUACAAUUGAUUGUAUUGCUUCUGGUUAUCCAAAGCCUAAAGUGAACUGGAAACGUAUGAAAGAUUCACUUUUCGAUCUUCCUUGGUCAGUUGAUAAAGGUAAUUGGAUAAUAACUACAAAGUUAAUCUCGUCAAAUGAUGAAGUUUACAAUAUUCGAGAAUAUGUUCACUCAAGUGAUGUUGUCCGUGGUAAAAUUACAAUAUCAUCAGGAAAUGAUACAGUGGAUAUUUUUUAUUCCAGUGAAUCGGAAAAGGAUAGAUUAGUUAUUCAUAAUCAACAGUGUAUUAUGUUUACCUUUAAAAACGAAUGGGAUAACUACUUAUUCAAUAUCGAUUGGAAAAAUACUCUUCUCAACCAUGUAUUGUUGACGGGACCUUCAAUUCUGUUCAGAAUAAACGGAAAGAGAUUUACUUGGAGACAAGGAGAAGAUACAAAUAUAAGAGGAUUUCCAGUCCAUUCUGCAAAGACAACGUUCAAUAGAAAUCUUGAUAUUAUUUAUUAUUACAAGACUAACUUGGAUUCACCUGGAAUACUACAGGCAAGUCGUUUACAGUUAGAUGGUAUGGAUUCAUCUCUAGAGCAAACAACUCCAGCAGAAAACUUUUACAUGGAUAUUUAUUCAAUAACGGAAACAGAGGAAGAACUUGAUAAACUUGUCACAGUCACCCCAGGAAUCGGAUGUCCUUUCUAUCUCAUAUCAUCUAAAUCAUCAGACUGGUUAACACCACCAGAACUGAGAAAAUUUAGUUUUCAUUUUACUGCAAAAACCACUGGACCUAAAGAAUCAGUCAUUUUGAGUGAGGUGUUUGUAAACAGUGAGGAUCAAACUGUGAACUUGAAGACCACAGAGCAAGGGAUCACAACUGAAUAUCUCUACGAUUAUAACUUAGGAACCAUACAUACAGCACAGAAAGAAGGACAAUGUACUGUCUCAGGUAUUGGGUCGAAUGAUCUUGGAUUGAUUAUUCACAAUACAUUUACUUCUGCCAGUUUACUGAAUUAUCGAGACAGAUACCAUUUCUCAUACCUUGGUAAAGUUUUAAUCAAACCUGAAAAUGAAGCUUAUGUUUGGGAGAGGGUUGAUUACAAUUAUGAAUUUCAAGGAGAAAAACAUGAUAAAUCCGUUACUAACCAUUACUUUGUUCAAUCAGACGAUGCAAAGUUAUUCAAAGAUUUUACUCUCGUAAGAACUACGACUAACAAUUAUAAAAUAGUGAACAAUGAGACUUUUGAAUUGCUUGAAAUGAUCACAAAAGACUAUACUGGAUUAGAGGAAAUGGAAUCAGGUGAAGAUUAUGGUGGUGGAUUAUCUUUGAGUUACAGUGACUGUUAUCCUGAUUCUAAAGAUAGAAAGACUUUUGCAGUUUAUUUCGACUGUGAAUAUGAAGAUGACGAUCAUGAUCAUGAAAGUGAUUCUGAUUGUCUGAAGUAUGGAGAAAACUAUGAAUAUGAGUUUAUCGAAAAGAUAAAGCAUGAUUUAGUGUAUCGUGGUAUCUCUCCUACACGCGUAGCUAAGAUCGAGAUGGUUUUCGCCGGGAAAAGUACCAUAGCAUUAUUAACCGUAUUGAAAAUUCCCAACAUCGAAGAUAGUUUACAAAAAGUAACAAAACGAUUGGCCACAAGUACGAUUUCAAGCUCAUCUCGUAUCUCUGCAGAAUCAAUUGCCGAUUGCCUUUAUAAACAAUCUGGACUCAGCUAUGAAGAAAAAGCAAUAGUGUUUUGUAAUUCCCAAGAUGUAAACUCUAUCAUCUGUACUUGGAUUGAAUCUGAAGUGCCCAUAAUUGAAGAUGAGAACGGUACACUUUGUGAGAUAUAUUAUCCAUCGGAAAGUUUUACCAGCUUCAAGAAAGAGAUCCAUCUUAAUGAUGUGGAAGAUCAUUUUUAUGAUGAUCCAUUGAAGAUUUAUUUUACCGAUGGUGAAUUCAUCUCCUUUAAAUCAACAGAAAUUAUUGAUGUCUCCGAUCAACAAGAUGACGAUAUAAAUUUGUUUGUAUUGGUUGCAAAUGAUGAGAAUUUCGAAGAUGUUGACUAUUUAUCAAAAGUCGAAGAUAGUUCUGAUCUUGGUGAUUGUUAUCGUACUUGUGCUCAUGAUGAUGUUAAUCUUUGUGAGACUUUCGUUUAUUGUCAAUAUCAAGAUAAAUCUUCUUGUUAUACAUCAAAUAACAUUUAUGCUAAUUUAUCCUCACAGUCAAUCUAUGAUGAAUCAUGUAAAGUCUAUUCAAAGAGUCGACUAUUAGAUUAUACCGGAGUAUUUUAUAAGGAAUUUAAAAAACCAGCUAACCCCGCCAUUAAUGUUCCACUUGAAGAUUGUGCCUCGAAAUGCAGCUCAUCUGAUGAAUGUUUCUCAUUUCAACAAUGUGGUGGUUCUUGUACAUUAAGUGGAUAUUUCACUGACUCGGAAACACGAGAAAGUGAGGAUUGUGAUAUUUAUAUUCCCAACGUCUCGAGAAGAUUCAGAUUUUCUGGAUGGAAAAUAGUCUCUGAAGUUUUUCACACUGAGAUUAAUUUAAAUUUGGAUCAAUGUGCUGCUCUUUGUCACAGUUGGACAAAUACUGACGAAUCUUGUAAAUCAUUUAAUUAUUGCCAUCAAAACAAUGGAAAAAGUUCAUGUAGCUUAUCAAAAUAUUCAACCAACGAUAAAUCAGCUAAUUCAAUUGAUUCAGGAGUUUGUAAGAGCUAUGAAUACAAAACCUCUUCUAAAUAAGAUAAAUGACGCAAAUUCGAUGAGUUUUCACAAGAGCGACAAAUAAAGUUACUGUUGGAUUAUUAAUGCCAUUUGUAAUCUAAUCAAUAUAAUCAAUAAAGAAUUAUAUUUA